UCGCUUUCUCGCUCUCUCUCCGCUUUCGCUCUUCUUGUCCUUCUCUCACUCCCUCGUUCUCUCGCUCCCUCGCUUCCCUCUCCUCUGAAUUUCUCCUUCAUCCCUUGACUUCUCCAUUGAUCACCUGUUCAUUUCUGUGGUCACUCACUCGACCACGUUGCGACCUGACAGAAAUCCCCCAUCUCUAAGCGAACCACUCCUUAUCAUCUCUGUCCACCAUGUCCGACCAGCAGCAGAAGACGACGACUCCGGUCGUUCCUGAGUCACAGCCUGCGUCUGCUGACUCUGCUUUCGCUGCUGCUCCUACAACUACAACAACUACUACUACUACCACUACCACCACUGACGCUAUCGCUGAACCUCAGCCGGAGAUGACGGCCGAGGAGAAGACGGCCGCGGAACCUGCUCAAAUACCCGCCGCUGCUACCGCUGCUGCUCCUUCUAUUCCUGCCGCCACCGAAGCUCCCGUUACCGAAACUGCUCCCGCUCUGGAGGGAAAGAAUGAGGAGGAAGUAGCGAAGGAAGGGCCUUCGAAGGAUGGAGUCGAAGAGGAAGAACCCAAGGAGGAACCCAAGGAGGAACCCAAGGAGGAACCCAAGGAGGAACCCAAGGAGGAACCCAAGGAGGAACCCAAGGAGGAACCUAAGGAGGAGGCCAAGGAGGAGCAGCCUGCCCAACCGGAAUAUCUGGUCAAAACCCCCGCUCUGGCCCAGUUCUUCGAUCGCCUGCCUGCCAUUCUCUCUGCGACCGGCCAUGCUGAGAUGUGGGGAGUGACCUUGAAGGACUCCAACGAUAUCCCCACGGUCAAUGUACUCAUUAAAUUCUUGCGCGCCAACGAGGGCAAUGUCAAGCUGGCUGAGGAGCAGCUCACCAAGGCCCUGCAAUGGCGCAAGGAGAUGAACCCUGUCGCGCUGACUGAAGGCCAAUACAAUGCUGAGAAGUUCAGUGGUCUCGGCUAUGUGACCAAAUACACCGAGGCGAACGGCCAGGAGGUUAUUGUUACGUGGAAUAUUUAUGGAAGUGUCAAGAAUGUCGAAGCUACGUUUGGUGACUCAGAUGAGUUUAUCCGGUGGCGCGUGGCGCUCAUGGAGCUGGCAGUCAGGGAUAUGAAGCUUGGCGAGGCUACGACCGUGAUUGACUAUGAGGGAGAGGAUCCCUACCAGAUGCUUCAGGUCCACGACUACUUGAACGUCAGCUUCCUCCGCUUGAACCCCAACAUCCGCGCAGCCACCAAGAAGACUAUUGAGGUGUUCGCCACCGCCUACCCCGAACUGCUGCGUGAGAAGUUCUUCGUCAACGUUCCUGCCAUUAUGGGCUGGAUGUUCGCCGCGAUGAAGGUUUUCCUCAGCAAGAACACUACGCGCAAGUUCCACCCCAUUUCCAACGGCGCCAAUCUGGCUCGGGAGUUCCCUGCUCUGAAGGAUCAGUUUCCUCACUCCUACGGCGGCACUGGUCCCGCCUUGCAGGAAAGUGGCUAUACCGUCAAGUUGGAACAGAGUGCUCCUGUUGCCGCCGCGGCUCCUGAGCCGAAGCCGGACGCAGAGGGCUCAAAGGAAAUUACAACCCCGGUUGAAGAAGUGCCAGCGGAGGCGCCCAGACAGGAGUUUUCGACAGUGGAGGCUGUCAAGGCGGACCCUACGGUGACGGCUCAAGAGACGUCCGCUGUGGGGGUGGCCAAAUGAAUGGGAUAGUGCGGCUUCCUUACGUCUGGGCUUCCGGCAUCCGGAUGUGGUUGAAGUGUUUGAGAACUUUAUGGUUGGUUAUGGGAAGGCAAGGGCAGGAUUGAUACCCGGAGGACUUGGUAAAUUGAUUUUGUGGUGUUGUUGUGGAAGGUUGUUGUUUUUGCAUACUUGAUACCUCAGAACCAUUGGGCUUGCAAGCCU